UAUGAUUCAGAAGGAAAUUAGUAUGAUUAAGAAGGAAAUUAGAAAAAGAUUGGAAAGUGGGUAGAAUUGGAUGAAGGGUUUGAAUUAUUUGCUUAAUUCAUUUAUAUUGGCGAAUAUAAUAUUAAAGGUUAAAAAAUGGGCAUUUGGGUAGAAGUGGAUAUAAAGGAGAAUGAAAAAAUAGGAGAAUAGAGAUAUGAUGAUUGAUAGAUUAAACAAUUGA